AUGCUGGAGAAGGUUCAGAAGGAGCUGGACGAGGUGAUCUCAAGUGAUCGGCUGGUAACCUUGUCCGAUAAGAACGAUCUACCUUAUAUGAACGCCUUUAUCAAUGAAACCCAAAGAUGCGCGAACAUCGUCUACCAUCUGUAUUGGAAGCGACGCAAUUUGCCGCCAGGACCCAUUCCACUACCAUUUUUGGGCAAUAUUCUUGCGCUUCGAAAUCCGGCGCCAGGCUUUCGAUCGUUCGUGAAAUGGCGAAAAACCUAUGGCGACAUUUACACCUUCUGGCUCGGCACUCGUCCCUACAUUCUCGUUUCGAGCUAUGAGGCGCUCAAAGAGACGUUCAUCCGAGACGGCGAAACGUACGUCGACAAAAAGCCGAUGCCAUUUCAAGAAUCGUUUCGAGGUGGCUGCUAUGGUGUCGUCGAGACGAAUGGGAUGUUCUGGCGCGAGCAUCGACGAUUCGCGCUUCAUCAAUUCCGCGAUUUCGGCUAUGGCAAAGAGCGAAUGCAGCAGAGGAUUCUCAUCGAAGUUGAGGAUAUUUUCAAUUCUUGCGACAAUUCUCAAGGCGAGGAUAUCAAUAUUGUGGAAAAAAUGGAUCGCGCCGUCGGCAAUGUGAUCAAUCAGAUGCUGUUCGGCUAUCGAUUCGACGCGAGUCGGCACGAGGAGUUCAAGACGAUUCGCGGAUUCUUCGACUUCCAGAAGGGCGAGUUCAACACGUUCAAAAUGCGAAUGCAAUUCUUGUUGCCGUGGACGGGCCGCUUCAUGACGGGACCGACGAUACUCGAGCGAUUCGAGAAGUAUCGCGUCGGCUUCUCGGAGUUCUUCGGACGCCAAAUCGAGCAGCACAAAAAUGAGAUCGAUUUCGAGCUCGAUGAGACCACCGAUUAUGUUGAGGCCUAUUUGAAGGAGCAACGCAAACGCGAGAAGGACGGCGAUUUUGAGACGUACAGCAACACCCAACUAUUCAACAUGUGCCUUGAUCUAUGGUUCGCCGGCCUCACCACAAUGUCGAAUACUCUUCAAUGGUGCUUCGCCUAUGUCCUCAACUAUCCGCAAUUCGUUGCCAAGGUCCAUGAGGAGAUGGAUCGCGUGAUCCAAGGGGAUCGUCUGAUCACAAUGGACGAUAAGAAUAACCUUCCCUACAUGAACGCGUUCAUCAAUGAAUGCCAACGAUGCGCCAACGUGGUCCCACUCAAUCUUCUUCACAUGACCACCAAGGAUACCGUAAUCAAUGGCUACAGUAUUCCGAAGGGCACGGGAGUCGUCGCGCAAAUCAGUACGGCAAUGCUUGAUGAGCGCGUGUUCAAGAAUCCCGACGCGUUCAAUCCGGAUCGAUUCAUCGCGAACGGCAAACUGAGGAAAAUCGACGAGCUCGUGCCAUUCUCGGUCGGCAAACGACAAUGCCUCGGCGAGGGAAUGGCUCGAAUGGAGUUGUUCCUGUUCGUGGCCAACUUCCUGAAUCGCUAUCACAUACGGCCCACCAAAGAGGGCGUGCCUUGCGUGGAUCACGAUCAACUUGGAUCUAUGCACACCAAACCGUAUAAGAUCGUUGUGGAGAGACGCCGACGCGACGACUAA